AUGAGCAGUUCCCCAGACCAGACACAGAAGAAAAUGUGGGGCCUGCCCUCAUCUACCCCUUCUCUCCAGUCCAAGAAGAAAAGGACUUCAGUGAGAUCUUUCUUUUCCAAGGUCUCCCGGAAAUUGAGGCUGCAGAAGCAGGAAGCCCCCAAAAACGUGUUUUUCCUCCUGACCGAGAGAGCCCGGGACCCCAGUGCCAAGAAGCGCCACAUGGCCAUAAGAAGCCUGGGCACCUUGGCCUGCGAGGCACCGGACAAGGUGAGGAAGUAUAGGAAAGCUGUGUUCAGCCUGCUGGUACAUGGCCUGUACGACCCCGUGAGUUCUGAAGUCAUCCAUGAGAGCGUGAAGACCCUGACCAUCAUCCUGGGCAGGAGCCAGGGGAAAGGCCUGGGCUCCUUCUUCGUGGACAUCACCCUGCAGACCAGGACCUUGCUGGAUGACGACAACGAUGGUCUGCGGUAUUCAGCCUUCGUCUUGUUUGGGCAGCUGGCUGCCUUUGCGGGGAGGAAGUGGAAGAAGUUUUUCACCAGCCAGGUGAAGCAGACGCGUGAUUCCCUCCUGACCCACCUGCAGGACAGAAACCCCCAAGUUGCCAAGGCUUGCAAAACAACUUUCCAAGCCUGUUCUCGUUACUUGAAACUCCAGAAGGAAUUCAGCUUCCAGGGAGAGGAAGAUCAAAGGAACCUUAAGCUCUGUCGACAGCUGAGCCACUACCAUCCAGAGCUCCUGCAGUUCUUCUACGCAAACAAAAUUCUGUAAGCACAGAGAAGCAGGGAACAGCCCCGCGGGAAGGCGUGGCUGGGGCCCCAUGUUCUCCUUUCCUCACAUUGGACACCUCUCCUGCCGGCUCUGCCUGCAACCAAAGGGGAUGUGAAGGCAGAAGUCUGUGGCUGAAAUGAGGCCAUGGGAUUACAUGCUUAUAUCUGCAGUAAAACCCUAAGUUGCCUUCACGUGGCUCAUUUGCUGCCAAAUUUGAUGAGAACAUAACACAUUUUUCUCAAAAAUGUUCAAAGUCUAUAUUGAUCUCUUUACAUUUUCCUUAAGCUCUUAUCUUUAAGCCAUUACAUGAUUGUAAUAGUUAAUUUCCGAGGCAUGGGAAAAUAGCCUCCAAAUAACUUAAAGUCAUCUUUUUUAUUACCAUUUUGCUAAUUGCUAGUGAUGCCUUUUCUUGUCAAGAUUUCUUUCGAGUUGGUCAAGAUGCCAAGAAGCUGACUUAGAAGGGCAUCUUUAGCCUUCUAUAACCUUCAGUAGUCAUUGCUUCUGAGAUGAUCCUAAGUAAGAAUUAAUAAAGAGAGCAGGUAUCUAUAAAGCAUGGCUGACAAUCCUGAGGCUGAUCCUAACUUAAGCAAUAGUUGAUGUUACAUUUACUGAGUGUUUACAAUUUAUCAGGUACUAAGUGAUUUUUGCAAGUAUUCUUUAAUAUAACAGCCUAUUAGAUAGAUACUGUCAUUGUCUUCAUUUUAAAGAUGAGAAAACUGGAGCCCAGGGAAACUAAAGCAACUUGGCCAAGAUAACUUGAUUAAGGGUGGAGCUAACGUUUAAAUCUGUGUGAUCUGAUUUCUGAAGCCUGCACUGAUGGAUGGUUAGAAAUGCAAGAAAUAGGACCUGGCACGGUGGCCUAGCGGCUAAUGUCCUCACCUUG